GCCACCCUGACAAGCCUGACUGUUGUGACAAUGCAAGUGAUGGUAGUGAGUUUUCUGACUUCAGUCAGGAGUCGUGGCAGCCUGUGCAAGGUCCUAUAGCCUGGGUGCAGGAAAAAAUGAGACGAGGCCAGAGCCCUAGAAAAAUCCUGCAGGAUCUGGUUCCUUCUGGCACAGUGAUCCCAGAGGGUCUUGACCCAAUAAUGCUGUGGAAAAUUAUCAUUAAUAUUGUGUCAGAGCCACCCAAGCGCAAAAAGCUGAAUGAUAUUAAUACUUUAGAUGAUGUGCUGCGAGUUCUUAGUGCUUCAAAGAAGAUCAUUGUGCUGACAGGAGCUGGGGUUUCAGUAUCUUGUGGAAUACCAGACUUCAGAUCACGUGACGGUGUGUAUGCCAGGCUGGCCAAGGAUUUCCCCAACCUGCCUGACCCACAAGCCAUGUUUGAUAUCCACUUCUUCCGACACGAUCCAAGACCUUUCUUCAAGUUUGCCAGGGAAAUCUUUCCGGGACAGUUUAAGCCCUCACCCUGUCAUCGAUUUAUCCGCAUGCUUGAAGAAAAGGGGAAGCUACUCCGAAACUACACACAGAAUAUCGACACAUUGGAACAGGUUGCUGGAAUUCAGAGAGUUGUUCAGUGUCAUGGCUCUUUUGCAACAGCUACCUGCACAGUGUGUGGCCACAAAGUUGAUUCUAGUGCCAUCAGAGAUGAAAUCUUCAGCCAGGUUAUCCCACGAUGUCCAAGAUGCUCUCCACAACACCCAAAUGCUGUCAUGAAACCUGACAUAGUUUUCUUUGGAGAGGGUUUGCCAGAACAUUUCCACAACCAGAUGGCAGCAGAUAAAGAUGAAUGUGACCUGCUUAUUGUCAUUGGGUCCUCGCUCAAAGUGAGGCCGGUGGCCCUGAUUCCCAAUUCCCUACCUGGCAGUGUACCUCAGAUCCUCAUCAACAGGGAGAGAUUACACUAUCUGAACUUUGAUGUGGAGCUUCUGGGAAAUUGUGAUGACAUUGUUGGGGAGCUGUGCCGCCGCCUCGGUCCAGGUUGGGAAGAAUUGGCAGCUUCAGGUCCUCCACUCAGUGAAAUACUCAUGUCCAGUCUCCCAACGCCAUCUGCAAGCCCACAUUCUGGGGAUUCUGUGGACAAGUGGGAUGAUGUUAGUAAUCCUGCUGUCACUUCUUCAGAAGGCAUGGUGAACUGUUCAGGCAACAAACUGGAGUUUCAUGCUGCGGCCACAGAGCAGGCAGAUGAAGCAUUUCAGUCUGAUCAAACCUGUCGAGGAGAAGCCUCAGAAAAAACAUUUAACACACCCAAAGAUGAUAAGGAUGCUGGAGAAGUUUCGACGUCACAGUCAGAACCGGGUCUCACAACAGCGCACAAGUAUCAUCAUCGGCUUCACUCUCCUCAUAACCGCUCACUAAAGAGACCUUUUGCAGAAACAGACCUUCCAGUUGUACCGGCAGGAGCAGGUUUACCUGAGGUAGAUCCCGCAUCAGAUGUUUUCUGUUCUGCUAAGGAAAUGGAAUCGCUAGUUAGUGCCUGUCACCGAAAAGAUGUUGUGUUUGCACCUCCAGAGAAAACUUCCUUAGGACAUCAUGGACAUUAUAGCCAACAGCCCCAUGAGUCGACAAAGUCGCCUGGCCACCAGUCUUCUGUUCUUGAACAACCUUUAUCACCUGAAUGUCAAAAUAACAGUCACUUAAUGGAUUGUAGGGAACACAAACCAGGUUUUGCCUCAUCAGAAUCAUCUGAGGAUGUUGCCAGUCAUCGUGAGAUGAAUAUCUUCCAAGGAAAAUUCGGCUCACAGCUUCAGUCAACAGACAUAGUUGAGCAGAAAUUUCCAUCCAGCAGCAAAACUUCAACAGAAAGAAACGUGGGCAAUAGAGCCGAUGAUGAAGCUGGUCCAGAAAGCAAGAAGCCAAGAUUAUGCAGCAAGGAAUCUGAAGAUAGCGAUGAUGAGCUACCUGAGCUGAAGGUGGGCGAAGCUGAAGUGUGUGGUUCAGAGCCAAGAGGCCAGUCUUUGAGUGAUGUUCACAAACUGUGGAAUAGCAGACAUAAAGUCAGUCUUGCACAGCUUCUUACAGAUAAUCAAGUUUUAUUUGUACCUCCAAGUCGCUACAUUUUCAAAGGCGCAGAAGUGUUCUCGGGAUCUGAAAGCGAUGAUGAUUCCUCCUCCUCUUCUUCUUCAGAUGAUGAUAACUCUGAUGAUACUGGCAGCAGCAGUGAUGCAGAUAAAGGCUCUGGUGAAGAUAAAAGCAGUGUAGAUAAAGAUGUGAACCAAAUCUCACAGGGUGUCUUGGUAUCAUCAGAAAAAGCUGUCACUGGUUUGGAGUCCUGCACACUGGAAACCGAUGAAAGUUCACACCAGCAGACGUUAGCUGCAUCACCACCUGGUGCUGAAGUUGACUUGAAAAGCUUGAGUUCAUCUGGGCAGAGCCUCUUCAAUCUGGAAACAAAGGAGUCUGCAUUGUUGAGUGACAGUGAGGUGUGUGUCCAGCACAGUGAACGUACAACUUCUUCAGACAUUCCACAUUCUCCAGACAAAAUCACUGCAGGUUCCACACAGUGCCAUGUGUCUUCUAGUGCGGAUGUUGAUUUUGAGAAGAUGGCUCCAAAGUCUGAUUGA